CGGCUCCGGGCCCCUCCGACGCCAGCAUGCGGUGCCCGGGCCCCCGCCUGUGGCUGGUCCUGCAGGUGGUGGGCUCGUGCGCCGCCAUCAGCUCCAUGGACCGGGAACGACCAGGCGACGGCAGGUGCCAGCUCAUCGAGAUCCCCAUGUGCAAAGACAUCGGCUACAACAUGACCCGCAUGCCCAACCUGAUGGGCCACGAGAACCAGCGCGAGGCGGCCAUCCAGCUGCACGAGUUCGCGCCGCUCGUGGAGUACGGCUGCCAUAGCCACCUCCGCUUCUUCCUGUGCUCGCUGUACGCGCCCAUGUGCACCGAGCAGGUCUCCACGCCCAUCCCCGCCUGCCGCGUCAUGUGCGAGCAGGCCCGGCUCAAGUGCUCCCCGAUCAUGGAGCAGUUCCACUUCCGGUGGCCCGACUCCCUGGACUGCGGCAAGCUGCCCAACAAGAACGACCCCAACUACCUGUGCAUGGAGGCGCCCAGCAACGGCUCGGACGAGCCCAGCCGCGGUGGCCCGGGCCUCUCCCCGCCGCUCUACAGGCCGCCGCGGCCGCACGAGCACGCGCCCCCGGAGGGCGGCCCCGGGCGCUCCGCCGCCGCAGCUGCCGCCAAUGCUGCGGGCUGCGAUAACCCGGGCAAGUUCCACCACGUGCAGAAGAGCGCGGCGUGCGCGCCGCUGUGCGCGCCCAACGUGGACGUGUACUGGAGCCGCGCCGACAAGCGCUUCGCCGUGGUCUGGCUCGCCGUGUGGUCCGUGCUGUGCUUCCUGUCCAGCGCCUUCACCGUGCUCACCUUCCUCAUCGACCCCGCGCGCUUCCGCUACCCCGAGCGCCCCAUCAUCUUCCUCUCCAUGUGCUACUGCGUCUACUCCGUGGGCUACAUCAUCCGCCUCUUCGCCGGCGCCGAGAGCAUCGCCUGCGACCGCGACAGCGGCCAGCGCUACGUGAUCCAGGAGGGCCUGGAGAGCACGGGCUGCACGCUCGUGUUUCUGGUGCUCUACUACUUCGGCAUGGCCAGCUCGCUGUGGUGGGUGGUGCUCACGCUCACCUGGUUCCUGGCCGCCGGCAAGAAGUGGGGCCACGAGGCCAUCGAGGCCAACAGCAGUUACUUCCACCUGGCCGCUUGGGCCAUCCCCGCCGUCAAGACCAUCGUGGUGCUGGUCACGCGCCGGGUGGCCGGGGACGAGCUCACCGGCGUCUGCUACGUGGGCAGCAUGGACGUCAGUGCCCUCACGGGCUUCGUGCUGGUCCCGCUGGCCUGCUACCUGGUGGUGGGCACCUCCUUCCUGCUGUCGGGCUUCGUGGCCCUCUUCCACAUCCGCCGGGUCAUGAAGACGGGCGGGGAGAACACGGACAAGCUGGAGAGGCUGAUGGUGCGCAUCGGGGUCUUCUCCGUGCUCUACACGGUGCCCGCCACCUGCGUCAUCGCCUGCUACUUCUACGAGCGCCUCAACGUGGACUACUGGAAGGCCCUGGCCACGCAGCACAAGUGCAAGGUCAACAACCAGACGAAGCACCUGGACUGCGUCAUGGCGGCCUCCAUCCCGGCCGUGGAGAUCUUCCUGGUGAAGGUGUCCAUGCUGCUGAUCAUGGGCAUCACCAGCGGCAUGUGGGUCUGGACCGCCAAGACCCUGCAGUCCUGGCAGAGCGUGUGCGGCCGCCGGCUGAGGAGGAAGAGCCGCAGGAAGCCGGCCAGCGUCAUCGCCGCCGCCGGGGGCAUGUACAAAAAGGCCCACCCCCAGGGGCUCCCCGCCCCUCCGACCUGCGUGUGAGCUGGGGGCCGGCAGGCGCUCCACGCGCUCCACGCGCUCCACGCACCCGUCGCGAUGUGUUUUGCUCUUUUGACGUGGACGUUAAGGAAGAGAUGAGAAGCGUCCAUCGUGGGAUCCCGGCUGCUGUGACGCGCUGAAUGUGUGUAAAGGAACUGUGGAAGCUUUCGCUCUGUGUUUGCUGGGGGAAGGCACGCCCCCAGCGAGCCCUGGUGUGGUUCGUUUCUGGCGAUGGAGCCACUCUGAAGCGAGCUUCUGGCCAGAACCCCUCAACUAUGAGUGCAGGAGCCCCCCACUUAAAGAGUCAGAUGACUUCUCUGCAAAGUGAAGACCCCCGCCCCACUUGGCCAGUGACCCGCCCCUUCCCUGGCAGCCCCCAGGGAGGCUGCCAGCCGGACAGCCACUUGUGUGCGUGGAGGGAAGGGGGUCCCGGCCACCGCGGCCGUCUGGGGGUUCGCGGCCUCCUCGCCGGUCUGCAGCCCUAGAAGCACACGCCUUCCCAUGCCGAACGUUGGCGAAAUGAGACCAUGUGCAAUACAUUCCCCUCCACAAAAAUGAGAAGAGAAGCAAGUAUUUUGCUGCACAUAAAGACAGCAAGAGGCCUCCUCGCGCCAGAACUGAGGCCUGGCCCCGGGCGGCCCUCUACUGUCACAUUUUGUGGCUUUUUAAAUGGAAGCCAAGCCCACUAUGCCUCGGACUGACAUGUGGAAAGGCCGGGAGAGGGGCUCGCUGACUCUGUUGUCGUGAACGGAGAAGCCACUGGCUGCUCGUGUCUGCAAGAGACGGUGUUCUUCAGGCUCCACUAUUUUAUUAAAAAUAAAAGAUGUUCUUUAGUU